AUGUCUGACGACAAUACCCGCCGCCACUGGCACGGAAACCCCGGCGACCGUCACCAGCACCUUAAUGUCUGGAUGAACGGUGGUGCCAAGAGUCCUAGUGGCCGCGCUGCGUGGGCAAUGCCAAUAGUGCCUGGCACGGACAAUAGAAGGGACUCAAAUACCUCCACCUCCUCAAACGGAAACAAACAAGCCGAAGGCACCUCGCCGAUCCCCCAAAGCCUAGGUGAACGUCGCCGAAGCUCAACCGGCUCUUCCCACGGUCUCUUCUCGAACUUGCAAACCCAGAAGCGUGAACCUACAACCGCGGAUAUGGCUACUCGUCGCGCGAGCUGGAAUGAGCAGGCUGCUAAGGGGGGUAUGUUCUCGAAGUGGUGGGAGGGAUACACCCGGGGCAGUGGUAGCAAGUAG